UGUGAUAAAACUGUCCAUGGUAAUAAAGAGGAAGAUAUCAGUGUUAUUUAAAGUCAAAUUUUAGGUUAUAGUUUAUAGUUGACAUUGUUUACGGUAGGUUUUUGCAAAGGAAUAUGUCUUCGUUGUUAUUCUCAUGUCCUGACAUUUUUCAUUCUUAUAAAGUCUGGGUUAGCAAAAAUCCACAGUCAUUAGGAGACUGGGAAAAUUCGGCAAAAUGGGUAUCGUAUUUUAUAGCAGGAAGGAUUAAUAACUCCCAUAUACUUUCCGAAUUGGUUUACUGUUUGUCUAACCUUCUUGUUAUGUUCAAUGACAGAAUAAUCAAGAAAACAAUCUGCCAUGUAGACUCGAACACUACACCAGAUAAAAUAAAACUUUGGCUAACAGUAAUUGAGUACUCUGAAGUAUUCUGCGAACUUUCUGCUAGUAAAAUUUGGGGUUCUGCUGGAAAAUGGGUUAUUGUCACCUGCAUACAAGUAUUCAAGUGUAUAGCCAGGUUGUUUCUCGUCUACCAACACAAAGAACCAAUAAUCCAGAAUCCUCCAAUACCAGUUCUGGAUAGAAGAGAUUUGAAGAGUAAUAAUUCGGAUUAUGCAACCAUGGGUGAUUUAGCUCAAGAACAACUCAACUCUGUUUCAUUUACAUUGAAGCGUUCAGGUCGUGUAGUGAGAAAAGUUGACUCUGCCCCACCCUUAGCUAUAAGGAAUUGGAAACCUUUGCUGAAAGCUCCAAGCUUUAGUUGUGGGAAUAACCAAACUAUCGAACAAUCCUUAGCAGGUAGACAACUUAUUGCUGAAACUAUUUAUAUUUCUAAACCUUUGGUUCAUCUGUUGUCGAUGGCUUGUUUUGGGACUAAAACAUGGAAACCGUGGAUGAUAGGGUUAGCUUUAGAUUUGACAAGUUUGCAGCUAUACCGUUCCUGCAGAAGUAAAAGUAUCAAUUCCCUUACUCCACUACAACGUCUUCAACUGUCAAGGAGAACUGUCAUAUUGGUACUGUAUCUAUUGCGUUCACCAAUAUAUGAAAGGUACAGCAAGGACAAGAUAGAUGGUUUCCUGAAAGCUCUCAGUAAAAUCCCUCUAGCUGGAUUAAUUUGCACACCUUUGGCACAAUACCUGCCUUUCUGGCAGAGUACCUAUUUUUAUAUGUGGUCUACGUAGUACAGGUGUUUUUUACUUUUGUGGUAAUUGGUGAGGAUAGACCAGGUGAUACAAUUCACUUUUUAAAAAGUAUGUGAUCAUUAUGUUGGUUAAUUUGGGUUUUUAAGUUAUGUAACGAAUCUGGGUUCUACACCUUUUCAGCUUAGGUUUUGCGUCCAACGUGGUUCGUGAAGAAAUGUUGAACAUGACAAGGUGCAUUCUAGGUAAUCAUAAAAAUUACAAUUCAUUGGCACUUGGAUACAUAGGGUGCCAAUUUGAAAAUAUCCUCUGCGAGUUAUAACUCGCUCAGAAGAUAUCCCAUUCAAAUAAAAUGAAUUUACACAUAUUAGAAGCCGAAACUAUAGAAGAUCAAAAAGAUGCUUCAUUUUAUUUUGAAGGAAGACAGUUUCAAGGAAUAUUUGCAGUCUUACGGCUCAACCCCCGAAUAUCAGGUAGGUAGAUGUUGUCCUGAGAAUCUUUAAAGGAAAAAUAAAUUAAGUGGCAUAUAAUUUUAAAUGGCUUGUAAUUCUCUCUCCACUUUUUAUCAUCAUUUGUUCAGAAUUUUUAGAAAAAUAAUGUUCCAAAAUUACAGAAGUAAUUGUAAUGGCUUUCAAGUUAUUAUUUAAAUGAAAGUAUUUGUAUUGAGUAGGUAUAUUUAUAGUUGAAAUGCUCAGAUUAUUUGAUACACUUCCAAUAUCUGAGUAACACAAUUUUACUCGAGUUUUUCAACACCUCUUUCACUAUUACGAAAAUAAUUUUCAAUUUGUUGAUAGAAAUAUGAAUAUAUCUCAUAAACUAUUCAAAUUGUUGUCUAUUGGUCUUAACAGUAACAGUUUUCGACUCUUCUCCAACUUUUCUAAAAACUUUACUGAGAAUUCAGCAACGAGCUGUGAUCAUUUUUUGUAUAUCAACAUUUGUUUGUAGGGCCUAAAUAGCUAAUUUAACAAAUAUCAGAUUUGCUAUCUCUGUUAAAUACAUCUCACUCUCGAUCAACUGCUGAUAUGGCACUUAAUUACCAUAGCUGGGCACCGUUAAUUAAAUAAAUUACUUCGUUAAUAGCUAACCCGUAAAAAAAAAAUUAAACUAUGUUAAACGUUUAAGCAUUAUCUUUGGGAUGAUUUAAAACAAGUUACCGUUAAUCGUUAAUGCAUUAUAAUCCGAUGAAAAAUGUUUUUUAUAUCAUUGUAAUAAAGAUUACUUACAAGAACUGUUUUGGUUUGGGUUCCGGAAGUGAGAAGGUUAGGAACAAAAAAAAAACGUCUACAGAGUGUCUAAUUUAGUCAUCUGGUAUAUUGUGGAUAUUGCCCUCAAUACGUUUAAGUACCCUUUUGAAAGCGAAACUGGUUUUUCACGGCGGCGCUUGGUAAAUAGUAGGUACUGGAUUAACGAUUAACGAAAUUUAACGAGUCCGUUAAAAUCUUUUUAAGUCAACUCAAAAGUUAAUCCGUAAAAAGGUUGGUUCCUAUUGUAGUGGGUUUAACCAUGAGGUUGAAAAUGUUCCUUGAACUGUACCUUUUUUUUUCGAUUUUCAUAUAAUUUCCUAGAAGGAAGAUCAAGGCGAGAAGUUGAAUAAUAAUUCGAAUAACCUGCUAUUCAUUUUACUGAUGACAGUGACAUUUCAACAAAUAGUUAAAAGUAAUAUUUGUAUUCUACAUAUCCGUGAUAAGCAUUCAGGCUGAGAAGGCCACUCAUAAUUGGGGAUCACUAUUUCCGACUGAAUGCUAACUGUUCUAAGCCAAAGAUUCCUGAAAGUUCACCCAAUCGCAAGGGCUGAAAGUUAGAUUCAGUUGUUGAGCGUACGUUAGUCAUAGGGGCAUGCUGAUUUUGGUAAUAUAUUUCGACUUUUUAUACAAUUUAUUCAUUAUAUGUGUGAUAGUUCUCUUGAGUUUGUUGAAAUUGUGAAAUUUUACCAAAAAAAGAGAAAAAUUAAAUAUGGUUUUGGUUUGA